AUGCAGGAAGUGACUGCAAAACAAAGAAAAGACACAUUAAAGCAUGGGAACACUCCUUUUGACAUAGCUGCAGAAGAAGAACGAUUCGAAAUUUUAAAAUUGUUAUUAGAAAGAACAUCUUUAGAUCCUAAGAAAGUAUAUGAGGAUGGCAACACUGUUUUACACAAAGCUGUAAGGAGAGGAAAACUGGAAAUGGUCAAAUUGUUACUCAAAACAUCAAGUAUAGAUCCCAAUCAAGAGAAUAAGGACGGUGACACUCUCUUACACUCAGCUUCUAGAGGUGGACACCUGAACAUACUUCAGUUCUUAUUAGAAAGAACAGAGAUCGAUCCGAAUAGCGUAAAUAAGUAUGGUGACACUCCUUUGCAGUCAGCUGCUAAAUUUGGACAUCUCAACAUAGUCCAAGUGUUGUUAGGUAGAAAAGCGAUUGAUCCUUAUAAAACAAAUCAGUAUGGUGAAACUCUCUUACACUCAGCUGCUAGAAGGGGACAUCUCAACAUUGUCCAAUUGUUAUUAGAAAGAACAAAGAUAGAUCCAAACAAUGAAAAUCAGCAUGGGAAUACUGUUUUAGGCAUAGCUAUAAGAAGAGGUGACCUCAACAUAGUGAAAUUCUUAUUAGAAAGAUCAACCAUAGAUACAGACAAGAAAAAUAAGGAUGGCAAUACUCCCUUACACUCAGCUGUUAAAUGCAACCAUUUCAACAUAGUUCAGUUGUUAUUAGAAAGGACAGAAAUAGAUCUAAAUGAUGAAAAUAAGGAAGGUGACACUCUCUUGCACUUAGCUGUUGAAGGUGGACAGAUCGCCAUAGUCAAUGUUUUAUUAGAAAAAACAGAUAUAGAUCCAAGCAAAGUAAAUAAGUCUGGGGACACUCUCUUACACUCAGCUGCUAAAAAAGGACAUACCGAAAUGUUUGAAGUGUUAUUAGAAAGAACAUGUAUAGAUAUAAAAAAACAAAACAAGGUCAAGAAAACAGCUUUUGAUAUUGCCGACGAAAAUAAAAAAGAUAGGAUCAUAAGACUAUUGCAGAAAAAAGAAAAAGAAAUAUUGGAGGCAGACUUGAGAGGUCUUUGUCUGGAAACAACUGAUGAUCUGAAAGAGGUAAUGAAACUUGGAAGUUUCAAGUGCUUCUGGAAUAGAGUAUAUAUUGUUGGGCCUUACUGUUCUGGUAAAAGUUGUCUGGCAAAACUGCUGGUAGGAGAUGCAUUACCACAAGAACGAAAUUCAACUGAUGGAAUAUGGAUAUAUAUGGGAAGAGCUGGUAUGGAUCUAAACAACGGAGAAUGGAUUUUUAUUGCAAAAGGGAAAGCUGUUCAAGAGAUACUCGUGAGCAUGAUGAUGACUUUAUCAACAUCUGAUGCUAUAGACACAGAAAACCAGACAACAAAAUUGGAUAAAACAGAGAAAACACUUACCAGCCCAGAGGAAGUUGUAAUAUUAGACAACUCUACUCCAAGAAUUGUGCAUGAAGAACGCAUUUCACAAACUCCACCGAGGCAGAGAUUUGAUGUGAGCGAUUACACUUUUUCCACUAGUCUAUCCGAAGAAAACAGCCACAUUUGUGAUACUUUAAACGUAUCCAGAAGCCGUACUGUAGUUUCAACAGAAAUAAAUAUUCCAAUUGCAACAGAUAAAAGCGAAGUAGAUGGCCACAAUGCAGAAACAAGUACACCUUUAAAUAAAAGAACAAGUAACAAAAUCAUACCUGAUUUAGAAAGCAACGCUUUAGGUAUUGUUGCUGCAGCAACUAAUACAUCAACGUUAUAUCCAGAGGAAAGCAUAACGUCAGCUGAAUUAGAAACAUAUCCGUCAGAAAAUCUUCAAAAAGAUAGGAGUACGUUAGAAGUUCAGAUGGAAGAAACCAGCCAAUCAUGUGCGAUCUUUGAAGAACCAGGUGUUGUUGAAGCAACAUUUAUUGGUUCAACGAAUACUCCUUUAGAAAGAAGCAUUCCAGUUGAUACUGCUUUAGAAACAAAGAAGUCUAGCUAUGAUGCUGCGGGAAUCGGGGUGCUUGGUGUUUCUUCUUUAGACCCAAGAUUUCAGUCAUCUCAAACAUCGAAUGACAGUUCUGAUUUGACAAAAAAGACUGAAUUUAGUACUGCUCUAUAUUCAAAAAGAGAAAGAAGUAAAACCACUGAUCCUGUAAGAGAAAAAUAUAAAGAAAAGUUAAUGAAAGAAGUGGCCAAUGAAUUGUCGCAUGACAAACUUCAUGAAAUGAUAAUUAGCUCUAUUCGAGAAGGGAGGUAUAAGCAGAAUAUUAUUCCUAUUGAUAUCUGGGAUUUUGGAGGGCAGAAAGAUUACUACAUGACUCAUCAACUCUUCAUCACGAGCAGAGGAAUAUUUGUUUUGGUGUUUAAUGGUAGCCUUAAUCUGCACAAACAUAUGCCAGAUUUAUCCUUUUUACCGGGACAUUUCGGCAAACCAACCAUCGCAGUUUACCUUUUACAUUGGGUGAACUCAAUCCUGACAUACUGCAAGCGUUCAGAUGAUGGAUUUCCAAGAAUUGUUUUUGUUGCGACACAUAAAGACAAAAUUCGAAAGAAUGUUGAGAAACACAAACAAAAAAUGAUGACAGUCAUUGAAGACAUAUUUGAAUCACACGCAGGUCUAAAACAUCUUGAAUUCAAACCACUGAUUUUCGUCAAUGCUAUGAACGAAACCGACCCAGAGAUCCAAUCACUACGUCAACGUUUAAUGGACAGAGCUAAAGAGCAUCCACGAUGGGGUGAAUACAUGCCAACAGCCUGGGUCCCAUUAGAAUUACAUUUAGCCAAGCAAGCAGAGGAGGGUGUCAACAUCUUGACAAAAGAACAAAUACAGAUGUUUAAUUCACAAAAUCAGUCGAUGGUUUUGACAAAUAAGCAGUUGGAAACUUUCCUUAAAGUGCAACAUUCCCUGGGUAAAUUACUCUACUUUGACCAAGCCAAUCUCCGAGAUUUUGUAAUCAUCACACCAGCAUACUUGGUGGAGGUUCUAAGAUCUAUUGUAACAGAGAAGCAAUUUUGGCCAAAAGGGAAACAGUUUCAAGGUAUUUUCCAAACCAUGCAGAAAACAGGAGGACUCAGUCGUGACGAUAUUGAUAUCCUUUGGAACCAAGAUAUCUUUAGGCAUAUUCUGUCAUAUAAAGAUUUUAUUAUUGAGGUGUUGGUUCAUCUUGAUAUACUUGUUGCUGAAAGAAGGGUCACAGAAGAUUUAAGCGUUUUACUUCAUGAAGUUUCCAAGUUCAUUGUUCCCUCUAUGAUUACAAAGUCAAACAAUACAAAAUACCUGAAAAAAUUUUGUAAGACUGGAACUUCAAUUUUGCUGUCGUACAAAUUCACAGAGAAAGUAAUACCCCCAGCUUUUCCAUACAGAUUUAUUGCUUCUUUCGUAGACAUGUGGGGUGUAAAAAAUUAUAAGAACAAAAAACGAAUGCUUUUCAGCGAUUUAGCAGUUGUUGAAGUAGACGACAAGCAUGACGUGGCAGUGCAGGUUAUAGAAAAUAGAGUAGUUGUCUCACUUAUCCAUGCAGACAAGAAAGAACACAUUGUCCCAACAAUUGCAACUUCUGUCCAAGAAUGUCUGACUGCAGCUAUUCACAGAAUUUCAGAAUUUUACUCGACUCUUUCAGCAGACUCAUUUGCCACAAAUGAAAGAUCGGAUAUACAUAUGGUCAUGCCAUUUGAAAUAGAGUUUGGAGUUCAUUGCAAAAAAGCUUCAUGCUUUUUCCCUCAUGACAAAAUACCAACAGCAGCAACAUGGCAAUGUUCGGAACACAAAGUACAUCACGAUGUCAGAUGUUUGAAAUUAUGGUUUUCAGAAAAGAUGCCUCGUGAAAAGUGUGACACAUCUUGCCAAGGGUUAGGCAGACUGGAAGUAGAACAAUCUCCAACAAACAAACACCUAAGACGACUGGCUGCUAGUCUCGAAGAUAAAGAUUGUCGGGAAUUGUUGAUAAGACUCGGAUUAGACACAAUAGUAUUGAAUAAUUUACAAGAGAAAUUUUCUCCCUCCGCUUUUCAUGAAAAUGACUACAAAUAUACAGCCAUGUUGAGAUGGAAAGGUAUUGUGACUGAUUCGUCCUUCAUGACUAUUGCAGAUGCAUUUGGUGAAAUUGACAAACACUUACUGUGUGAGGUGAUUAGAGACGUAAAUGUAGAUGACGUGCUGACGAGGUUUAGUAUUACAGAAGACCAAGCUAACAAAACACCUACCAACACUACAUUGCAGGAACUGUCCAAUCAUAUAGGAAAUAGCGGCAUACAGCUUGCAGUAGAACUUGGAUUGCAGAGCGCUGAGAUUGAAGGAAUUCAAAACGAUCACAGUUGUAAACUGUUACAUCAAAAUAAAGAAAUACUACGAGUUUGGGGCCAGACAAACUUUCCUAAGCCAACAAUUAAAGAACUGAUUAAAGCUUUACAAAGGAUUGGCAAAAAAGAUUGCCUGCGGGAAAUAUCAUUUUAAACAGCUCAAGAUGAUAAUAAAAACUAUUAAAUGUAGACUAUAGAAGGAAACACAAUGCAAGUCGAUAGUGUAUUGCACGUGAUCAUGCUUUUCUCAGACUGUGUAUGACUUUGCCACAUUUCAUCCGUGUGGUAAAUGAAACUUUAGUCUGGGAAAACUGUACCUCAUUCUUGCGUUCGAAACUAACUUUUGAUUAGCUUUGAUAGCUGUGAGUACUUUCAGUUUUGAAACAAUGAUUUGUAUAGUUUAGUUUGUUUCAGCAAAUAUCUUAUUUGUAAUUCAAUUGAAACAAUUAGCCUUGUUUAUAACAUUCUACCUUUACUUUUUAUUUUUAGAUAUGUUUUUGUUUUGUUUAAUAUUUUUCUAAUGUUUGAUAUUGUUUAUCAGGUCUUUCCACCUUUUCCUGGACUGAUUUUUCAUUUUCAUUGGUGGUCUGACACUUUGAGGUUGAAAGAUCAAGACCAUGUUAUCAGUUUUGAAUUCUACUCUAUUGCAAGCAGUGAAAAACAUGUUUCUAAUUACGUCAAAAGUCAAAUACUAAUUGAGAGACCAACAUCGGUGGAGUUAUUCUCGAAAGAACUUACUUUUGAACAGAUGAUUUCAGGAAAAUUCGGCACAGAUAUUUUUUUUUAACAUCUAAGACUCAAUUAUCACACUAGUAAAACAUUAUAUAUCAAAUUUGGUUAUAGUCAAUGGUUAUUGAAAUGUCAUUAAAAAAGCUAGAGAUAUCUCUACAAAGACAAAUCAAAACUAUUUAAUUUUGUAGAAAAAUAGUAGGACUGUUUUACAUGGUUACCUAAAAGACAUCUCCCCUUUCACAUAUAACACCGGCCUCGUACUACUGGAACAUGAUUAAGUCUCAAGUUUUUAUGGUUUAGACUUGACGAAAAGUUACAUUGAAAACCAGCAUACAAACUGACCUUAUGUACACCGGAAUAAGCUUUUUUCAAUUAUUCUUUGUAAAUGUACCUCACAAUUUAAUAUUUUUAGAAUCAUAUAAACGCGAACUGAUAGUUUGCCAACCGGAAAUAGCAAAGUAUCUGAAAACAUGCAAGCAAAUAUAAGAAAAUGAUAUACGUUUUGGCUCAGUUUAUAGAAAUCUAUCAUUAUUAGAUAAGAAUGAACAUGUUUCCAACGUUUAUAGCCAAUUGAUAAAUACAUGGAAACCUUCGGGGAACACCUCCAUUUUUUAAAGAAAAGAACAACAAAUUAUGUACAUUGGCAUCUGUGUAAAUUUAGUUAUCUAUGACACGUUUUUGUUCGUUUUCAAUUUUUGUUUACAGAACAGUUAAACCAUAUAAGGUGGAGAGACCUUCAGUUGUGCUUUAAACAAUUGGUUUUAAUUUUAAUUAUAUUUUUAUCUGAU